CAAAUGCAAAACCCUAGAUAGGCAGCUCCCACUUUUCCUCUUUUAUCACAUCUCACUCGCUUUUCAAACACAUACUUCACACAGCCGGCGUUAGAUUUCACGGCCGACAGGCUUGCAGGAAAACGGCGGAGAACGAUGAGUAAAGGCACGGCAGCGGCGAAAGGCGGGAAGAAGAAGGGUGUAAGCUUCGUGAUUGACUGCUCGAAGCCGGUGGAGGAUAAGAUCAUGGAGAUCGCCUCGCUCGAGAAGUUCCUUCAGGAGAGAAUCAAGGUUGGCGGGAAAGCCGGCGCUCUCGGCGAGUCGGUGACCAUCUCCCGCGACAAAAACAAGAUCACCGUCACCGCUGAUUCUAACUUCUCCAAAAGGUACCUCAAGUAUUUGACCAAGAAAUACUUGAAGAAGCAUAACGUGAGGGAUUGGCUUCGGGUGAUUGCUGCAAACAAAGAGCGCAAUGUUUAUGAACUACGCUACUUCAACAUUGCCGAGCAAGAGGGAGAAGAAGAAGACUAAGUUUUACAUCAUUUUUUCAUGUUUCUCUUCGGUUUGCCUCCAUUUUGUCAAGUUUGCUUGCUUGGAUUUAUUUAUGAGAUUGCAGUUUUGGUUAAAGAGACGUUUUGUGUUACCCUUUUGAGUUACAUUUACUCGAGCCACAAUAGGUUUUUAACUCGUUCUUAGCUCAAUGCUUUUAUGUGACAUAUUUACUAUGGG